AUGCCACUACCAUGCCGAUUCUUAAGAAUAGGAUGUCUUGAUAUGAAGGUGCAAGGAUAUGUAACACCUGAAUUUAUUGGUGCAAAAAAAGCAUUUGUAAAAAAUUUUGAAAAUGGUAAUGAAGUUGGAGCAAGUGUUGCAGCUUACUAUAAUGGUAAGCUAGUGGUGGAUUUACAAGGUGGAUAUGCUGAUCGUGAGGCAAAGCGUAAAUAUGACGAGGAUACUUUGCAAAUAGUUUUUUCUUCCACUAAAGUUAUGAGUUCAAUCGUAAUAGCAUAUCUAGUAGAUCGAGGACUUCUUAAUUAUGACGAAAAAAUAUCCACAUAUUGGCCAGAAUUUGCUCAAGGUAAUAAAGAAAAUGUUACACUUCUGGAUCUAGUAAAUCAUCGGGCUGGAGUAAACUAUAUUGAUAAAUCAGAAUUUGAAGAUAUUGAUAAAUUAGCGAAAAUUCUUGCUGAUCAACCACACUUAUUUGAUGGAGUUCCUGUUCGUGCAUAUCAUGCAGUAACUCGUGGAUGGUAUUUAAAUGAGAUUGUUCGUAGAGUAGAUCCUAAACAUCGUACUAUUGGACAAAUUAUCUCUGAAGAAAUUUUGAAGCAAUAUGAUUUAGAAUUUCAUUUAUCAUUACCUCCGAAUCUUGUACCAAGAGUUGCAAAUAUUUAUACUGCACCUUUUGCUGAGAAAUUUAUGUUGAUGCGUAAUCUUUUGUUAGAUUUGUGGAAUAAAAAGAUAUCAAUUUCUUUUAUUUUGAAUUUUAGGGAUGAUUUACUGAUUAAAACUUUUAAUCAAACCAUUAGUCCUGAUUUUCCUACUAUUUUUACAUUAGAAGAGGUUACAAAGUUUGAAGAGUUCGCCUUUGAAUGUCCAAGUGCUCUUGGAUUCACCAACGCAAAAUCAAUCGCUAAAUUGGGCGCCGUUAUUACGAAUAAUGGACGAUCUCUUAAUGAUAAAAAUAAAUCUAAACCUCUUCUUUCAAAAAAUACUAUUGAUCUCAUGUCUACUAAAUUGCCAAUAGCUUGGGAUCAUGUUAUUAAAAGAAAUUUUACACCUUCCGUCGGUGGAUUUGUAUAUCUUAAAUUUCCUGGUAUUGAAGAUGUAGAAUUCUUAGGAUGGGGAGGAUUUGGUGGAAGCAUAUUCGUAUGGAAUCAAGAACUAGGAAUCUCAUUUGGUUAUGCUAUGAAUGGCAUAUGGCGUCCUAGGAUGAAUGGAUUUAUUGGGGAUGAAAGAGGGUAUAGUGUGUUGAAAGAAAUUGUAAAUGUUGUCAAGAAAUUGAAAAACGACCAAUCUGAUAGCUCAUCUACAAAGUAA